AUGGUUGUUCCCGAGAGGUGUGAGGUGCAACAACCUCCAAGUGUCCUCUUCCUCCAGAAACAACCUUCGAUUCCCCGCGAAACACCUAUUUGGCUAUUAGCCCCUCUCCCAAUCCAUCACCCGAAGUUUCUCACGAAAUUCGCCUCUUUUGUGACACCUCCGGCCGAAGCUACUGCCAGGAACUCACGGCGUAAAAUGAAUUCUCUAUUCAACUCUGCCCUAAAGCAGACACAGUCUAUCAAGAAGGACUUGGGUACAUUCGCGGAGUCCCCUGGAACUUCGUCACCGGCCCUACAAGGACAGAUAUCUGCUUCAUUAGCUUCUCUCUCACGAACUAUCGAUGAUUACGACUCUAUGGCAAGGCGAGAGAUCGUUCCCGCAAAGCAAGAAAAGGCACUUCAGCGUGUCAAGAAUUUUAGAAAGGAGAUUUCGGAGUACAGGCAGCAGUUUGUUAAGCUGAAGGGCGAAAGGGCCGACGCUGAGCAUACCGUCGCUCGCGGUGAACUCCUCGGACGUCGUGGACAUUCAUCUGCGACCCCCGAGAACCCCUAUGCGAAUACUACGCAUACCCGAAACAUCUCCUCUCCACAUUCCCCGUUCGCACCGGCCGGGGGCGCUCAGACUCAUACGAUGUCCCAAGAAGAUCACGUUUUCCGGGAAAGAGAUUUCAUGUCGCGUACGAACGAUCAGCUUGAUGACUUUCUCGAUCGAGGCAGGGCUGUACUGGCGGACCUGGGUGAACAAAGGCAGAUGUUGAAGAACACCCAACGAAAGCUUUACAACGCCGCAAAUACACUGGGGGUGAGUAGGGAUACAAUCAGGAUGAUUGAGCGGAGGGCUAUGCAGGACAAAUGGAUAUUCUACGGUGGGAUUGUGGUCUUCUUCCUCUUUUGCUACAUGGUCUUGAAGUUGUUGCGUUAAGGCUGGAUGAUGGAAGAGGCGGGAAAUAUGAAUGCGUAUAAUAAUGUAUGGUUGUGGGAGGAGGCGUUUUCCUUCUUAUUCUUCUCAAAAUUCGAUACACACACACCCUAGGCAAAGUACUAGAAUGUAAGCAAGUCACUUGAA